AUGGACUGUAGCUGCGUCUCCGACCUUCUCUUCGCCCCGCCCGCCCUGCCGGCUCUCUGGACCCCUGGGUUUGCCUUCCCCGACUGGGCCUACAAGCCGGAGUCGUCCCCUGGUUCGAGGCAGAUCCAGCUGUGGCACUUUAUCCUGGAGCUGUUGCAGAAGGAGGAGUAUCAGGGGGUCAUCGCCUGGCAGGGGGACUACGGGGAAUUCGUCAUCAAGGACCCCGACGAAGUGGCUCGGCUCUGGGGCAUCCGCAAGUGCAAGCCUCACAUGAAUUACGACAAGCUGAGCCGGGCCCUGCGCUACUACUACAACAAGCGGAUUCUCCAUAAGACCAAAGGGAAGAGGUUCACCUACAAGUUCAACUUCAGCAAAGUCGUACUUGUCAAUUACCCACUGUUGGAUGUGGCAGCAGCCACCACGGGCUCCCCACUCUUGCUGACCCCUGGUCCCUUUGGGGGGACGCCUGGGCCAGAUGCUCCUCCCCUUACCCCCGAGACACUGCAGACCCUGUUCUCGGCCCCUCGCCUGGGAGAGCCAGGGGCCCGGGCGCCCCUGUUCCCUCCUGAGACAGACAAGCUGCGUCUGGACAGCCCUUUUCCGUUCCUGGGCUCUGGUGCCACUGGCUAUUCCAAGCCCCCCAGCCUGCUGGGUCCUUACAGCCGCGCCUUUCCAGACUACCCCUGGAACUUUAACCCGUAUCUCACCGGCCCCUUCCCCAAGCUGCCCCCCUCUCUGUACCCCCCGCACUUCUACCCUAACCCUCUGGCCAGUACCCUGGGCCACCUGCCCUCAGCAGGGGCUGGGGGAGGCCCUGCGACUUCACCCCUCCUGGCUGCGGCAGGGGAGGGCCUGGGCCCCGAGCGCCCCUCAGGCCUGGCAGCAGCCCCUCGCCUGGCGCUGCCGGGAGCCAGGGGUCCGGAGGCCACACUGGGUGGGAAGGACGACAGCGACUCGGAGCUGGAGAUCACGGACGUCAGCGGCUGCAGCUCUGACAGCGAGGGCGACGAGGGCCUCCCUGUGCCCCCCAAGGCCAAGGCAAGCAAAGGGGGGAGCGGCAGCUGA